CCUACUUCUGCUUGCAGUGAGAGCUGCUAUCUAGGAUAUCGCAAAGCUCCAAUUCAGGGAAUGCCGAUCUGCUGCUAUGAAUGUGUGCCAUGUUCUGAAGGAGAAAUUGCAAACCAAACUGAUUCUGCAGCCUGUAUGAAGUGUCCAGACGAUUCCUGGCCAGAUGAAAUGAAGGUGAUGUGCAGUCUGAAGGUUGUGGAAUAUUUAUCCUUUGAAGAACUACUUGGAGCAGCACUGACUAGUCUCACUGUAUUUCUCUCCAUCAUCCCUGCAUUUAUACUAUGGACUUUUGUUAAAUGCAGAGACACUCCAAUAGUAAAGGCAAACAACCGCAGUCUCAGCUAUUUACUACUUUUAUGUCUUGUUCUUUGUUUUCUCUGCUCUUUAAUGUUUAUUGGAAAACCAAACAUCACAAUGUGCAAGCUACGACAAUCUGCAUUUGGUGUUAUAUUUGCUGUCUGCCUCUCUACUAUCCUGGCAAAAACAAUCACUGUAGUCAUGGCAUUCGGUUCAACAAGGUCAGUAGCUUUCCAACAGCAGUGUCUGGGAAACAGGACACCAAGUUUCAUUGGCUGUUUCUGUGUUCUUCUACAGGUGAUCAUAUGCAUUGUUUGGUUUGCUUAUAUAUCACCAUUCCCAGAAAAAAACAUUAAGUCAUACAGAAACAAAAUAAUCCUAGAAUGCAAUGAAGGCUCUGUUGCCAUGUUCUACUUCAUGCUUGGAUACCUUGGAUGUUUGGCUACUGUAUGUUUUGUAGUUGCUUUUUUAGUAAGAAAAUUACCGGACAGAUAUAAUGAGGCUAAAUUCAUCACAUUUAGCAUGUUGAUAUUUGUCAGUGUUUGGCUGUCAUUCAUACCAGCAUAUCUGAGCACCAAAGGAAAGUAUGUUGUUACUGUGGAAAUAUUUGCAAUAUUGUCCUCAGGAUUUGGAUUAUUGAGCUGUAUUUUCUUUCCAAAGUGCUAUAUUAUUUUAUUGAGGCCAGAUCAAAACAUUAAAGAAUCUAUAGCUUGGAGAACACAUUAGAUAUGUUUGCCUGAGAAGUUAUUAAGGCUAUAAUAUUUGCUUUGAGAUGCAGGACCCUAAGUUGCAAUGGAAUGAUCAUUAUAUGUAUUUUAUUACUAGUCAUUCCUGUAGCAUAAAUCUCAUGUUAAGCUUGUGUAGCUGCAAUUAAUUAGAAUUUUAUGACAUAGGGCUGAGAACAGAGUCAGUUUGCUCAAAUCUUUUGAAGAACAAAUUAAUGUAUUUUCUUUUUCUGUUUAACUAUCAGAUGUGCAGCUUGUAUUAACAAAAAAUGUGUAAUUAGAGAUA